AUGAGACUCCGGUCGAACCACGUUCUUCCGCCAAUCUCGGAGUACGUCCCCCGCCGCCGCCGCCAGACGCGGAGUGCUUCGGCACAGGCGGGGGCGGACGCCGAGACUGUGACUCUGGCACAGUCUGAUGAAGAGAGGCCCGCUCCAAAGCGGAAGCCAGCCAAGCGAGCUGGCCGGAAGAAGAAGGCCGCCGCAAAGGGCAAGAAGGCCACCGCUCCCACCGAGGAGCCUGGGGCCGGGGCCCAGGAAGACCCCGUUGCGCUCAUUCAGUCCGUGGAGCAACCGGACACCCGACGAAUCAUUACGGCCUACCGAUAUGGUAGUGCCAGCGAGCUCCUGCAAAGAGAGCCUGAGCCAACCCCCUCCCCUCCGCAGACACCCGUGACACACUAUGCCUGGCCGCCUGGAAGAGUUUAUGACAAGCUUAGCCGAAUCCCCUGGUCACUCCCCUGGUCCCCACCAUCUCCCUGGAGGGGCUGGCCUCGCAGACCUCCCAACUUCAAUGCCCCGGAUGAAGCCGUGCUGACCCCCAUGGAAGAACCCACUAGGAAACGGAACCGAUCGUCCGAAGACAACCCAUCCCCGUCGAAACGUCACAAGUUAACCCUUCAAACUCCACCCGGCUUCGAAAACCGUCCUCGUGGCAGCUCUCGCAGGACCUAUGCGGAUCGCGCCCGGCGACGCGAGGCGGAAAGGGAUGGACGAAUCGAUCGCACCAUUUACCGUUUCCCCCAGCUUUUGGCCCAGCAGGGAGAAGAUGCGAGAUCUGGCAAUUCGACCACUCUGGCCACUCAUGCAAACGAAGAGACCGCGCCCCGUGGUAACCGUGUUGUUCCGUUCGAUUCAUUGCCUUCUGCACUCCCGCCCAAUCAAAAUCAAAACCAAAACCGACCUGGUUGGCGACAAUGGAUAUUCAACUCAGUGACUGGUAUUUGGGGACGAGGCAAUGCCCCCCAAAAUGCAGAGGUCCCACAAGUGGCUGAAUCUCAACGUCAAAUGGGAAAUGAAUCAUCCGUCGCAACACCCUCCUCAGCUCCCCCUCCCUCCUUGGUUAUGUGGCCAAGAAAUUUCGAAUCUCCCACUCCGCGCCCGCGCGUUGCAGACCCGCAAAGCGGAAACUCGCGUCUGACAGCCAGCGCACGCGCCCCACAAGUCGGCAAAAGAAAGAAAUACUCCUACGAUUUGGACCCACAGGGUUUCGACCCAGAACUGCUCGCGCGUAUGCGUGCGAGGAAGUCGAAUCCCGAGGACCCCCAACCCCCUCCAACUUCACCAGAGGAACUUCGUGCACCCAACGAGAACGAAUCGAAGAAGCGCAAGCGAGACCCGUCACCCGAUGUCAUUCCACACCCUCCAGGAUGUAGUUAUGGGUUUGACCCAGAUUACUUCAUCUACGAUGAUGACGAUGAGGACUUGCCCACAGGCGAGCAGGGACACAAAGAUACUCCGAGCAAACAAGCUACAGUAAGCGAUGCAGCUGAAGAGGAGCAUGUCUCCAAGCGUGUGCGCCAAGAUACUACGACCAAACCAGCUACAGUCAGCGAUGCACCGGAAGAGGAGCAUGUCUCCAAGCGUGUGCGCCAAGAUACUACGACCAAACGAGCUACAGUCAGCGAUGCACCGGAAGAGGAGCAUGUCUCCAAGCGUGUGCGCUCUGACAAUACCCACCUGGAAAACUUCAAACACCAAGGCGCAUCACAGCCCAUUGAAGAUUCCGGCGAUGAACUCCGCAAGGCCCGUCAGCUCGCAGAGCAGUACAAGCCGAAGACCCCCAGUCGUCUUCGAGCUGCCCAUCGCUUCUCGAGCAGCUGCAACUCGUUCAUUGAAGAGAAAACAAUCCGUCGCCGCAAGAUGAGAAAAACCUCCCUGGCCACCGCCUGCCCUACCGGCGAUUUGAACCAUAUCAUCUGGCCAGAGACCGAAACUUGGGUUGAGUGCUUUGACUUCUACGACCCUAACCUGGAAAAGUACCAGGAUCGCGCUCAUUUACGUUACUGCAACGGGGACAGCAAAGAAGAAUAUGUGGAUGAACAACACCAGGCCUUCAUGAGCAAGCUUGUUGCUCGGCGUGCUGCUUAA